AAAAGGAUACAUUGGGACGCAACCAUGACUUUCCAUGUACUUCUGCGCAUGCGGUUCGUGUAAGUCUACACUCUUGAGUGGUUGUAUGCAUGGUCAAAGCCAAAGGCAAUCAAUGAAACGUGUUUCAAUGCCGGACGGAAACACUGAAGACUGUGCAGAGAAACGUUUUCAACACCGGUUCUACGUGCCUUUCGCGGGACUGUCAGAAACAGCUGCUGUGCAACUAAGGUUUAGCGAGUAAUGUCUUUUACUAGUAGAAUUAUAAAACUCGUGGUGGUGGUUGGAUUCAUCGUAUUCACAUUGGUGUACUUGCAGUACUGGAUGGCAAAUAAGCAAUAUAUUUUUAACAAGGAAGAUGUCGCUAAGUUGGCUAAACAAUAUUCAGGUCAAGAUCAUGAGCAAGCAUUCACGAAAGUUGUAGUGGAGCUGCGCCGGAGAUAUCCAGGUCACAUCCUGCCUGAUGAGGAUCUGCAGUGGGUGUUUGUGAACGCGGGAGGGUGGAUGGGGUCCAUGUGUCUGCUCCAUGCCUCACUAACAGAGUAUGUUCUGCUCUUUGGCACAGCGGUGGAUACCAGUGGACACUCUGGACGCUAUUGGGCUGAAAUAUCAGACACCAUAAUCUCUGGGACAUUUCGGCAGUGGAAAGAGGGGACAACAAAAAGUGAAGUGUACUACCCAGGUGACUCAAUUGUGCACAAAAUUGGAGAGGCCACAUCGGUACAGUGGAGUGCAGGGACAUGGAUGGUGGAGUACGGCAGAGGCUUCAUCCCGUCAACACUAGGCUUUGCCCUUGCAGAUACCGUCUUCAGCACACAGGACUUCCUGACACUUUUUUACACAGUUCAAGUCUACAUGAAAGCCUUGCUUCUUGAGGCCAACACCUUCCUUAUUGAAGCUGGGGUAUUUUGAAACAUGCACUGAUUUGUUGUAGCAGAUCUGCUUGUCUCUAUGUUUUUUAAUGAGUCAUGAUGUCAAUGGACUAAAAUACAAUAAAAUGUUUCUCACUGAUGUGUGUA